AUGCCAGAAGCGAUUAGGACAGGCGAUUGGCUCAGGCGAUGGGCUCAGGUGAUCCGUAACAGCCGGCGCUGUGACACAACCAGGGGGUGGCCGGAAUGGGGGGGUGUCGACUUAUGGACCAAGGAUGGAUUAGCUCGCGGUCUCCUUCAAGGCCAUUCGGGAGGUAUCAACUGCCUCACAUUUUCGCCAGACUCGCAUCUAAUUGCGUCUGCCUCGUCUGACAAGACGGUAAGAGUAUGGAACGCUGCAACCGGAACAGUAUGGCACAUACUCGAAGGCCAUUCCGACAACAUCCGCAACGUUCGAUUUUCAUCAGACGGCGAGUUCCUCGCUUCGUGUUCUGCAGAUAAAACCGCAAUCAUCUGGCACGCAGGUACUGGUGCUUUAUGCAGCAAGCUUGAAGGCCAUUCUGAUACGGUCAAUGAUAUCGCAUUUUCACCAGCAGACGACAACAUGGUCGCAUCAUGCUCAGCCGAUAUGAAGGUCGGCUUGUGGGAUGUGUCUACAAGAGUGUGUUCUCGGUUCCUCACUGGUCAUUCAGACACAGUGAACUCGAUCGCUUUUUCAACCGAUGGAGAACUCCUGGUCUCUGGCUCAGCAGACACAACCAUCAGGCUCUGGAAAACAGCAGGAUCAGCGCGUGGUAUUCUCAAAGGCCAUCUCUUACCGGUCAACUCCGCCGCUAUUUCGCCAGACAAUAAGCUGGUGGUCUCUUGUUCCGAUGACGAGACUGUCAGAAUCUGGGACGCGGAAACAGAAUUAGUGAAAAGUGUGCUUUUGACUGGGACAGCUUUUCGGUCCGUAUGUUUCUCCAGCUGUGGACGUUACAUUGAGACAGACAGAGGCUUGUUGGACCUCGAUUUAUUUUCCCCUGUUUCUCCUGCGAAUUCACUCGUUUUGCAAAAACCCGAUUUCACGGCUUUUGUGGCUAAAGAUUGGCUGAAGACAACGGGGAAGAAUACCCUUUGGCUACCGGAGGAGUAUCAUGCUACCAGUGUAGCUACAUACUCUGGGGUUGUAGUUCUAGGACAUUCGACGGGAUGCGUUUCUUUUAUUUGUUUUUGAUGACGACAUGAACGGCCUAAGGGAUGGAGGGGUUGGGGGAAAGGGGCGUACAUGCAAGCAAGCUCUGGUACUGAGCAAAUUGACACUAUGAAGAUAACGGUCUGGGGAAAAGGGACUCAGCGGGAUUUUUAUGAUAUUGAUGAAGUUUUUUGCGCGAAUUCUUCAAUAAAUGCGUGUCUGUGCUCACAGUGAGUAUAUGAGUCACAUUAUGAUCACACGGUAGAGAAUUCAAUGAAUUACCUACUUUGUACAUCGCUGAAUUGAUGUUGAUUUAUUGCCAAUGCGUCCCAAAUGACUGGUAAUGCUAUUUACUACAUCCCUAGUCUUUUGUACGGCCUCCAUCUGCUAAAAUCACUG